AUGAUGCAGACGGAAACACUUUCGUCAUCGGCGCCGCCUGCGACCGUCGACACACCCGACGAAAACCAGAGCGAUGGCUCCAAGCUGCGCACCUUUCUCGGCAUCCUGCGCAAGUUCAUUGGCGUUUCUGAUCUCGCAACCGUCCGAUUCUCCCUGCCCUCGCAGCUUCUCGAACCCACGCCCAAUCUCGAAUACUGGACAUAUCUCGACGCUCCAAAUGCCUUUGUUGCCAUCGGCACCUCGGACGAACCUCUCGAUCGCAUGCUCGAGGUCGUCCGCUUCUGGCUGACCAAGGAUCUUAAAUAUGCCAAGGGAAAGCCCUGCAAGCCCUACAAUUCAUGCCUGGGCGAGUUCUUCAGAUGCAACUGGGAGACGGAAAAUAAUGCGCCCAAGAUCGUCACCAGCAAUCUCGGCAGCGAGAGCUCUGCCUCGAGCAAGUCCAGCGUCAAGAGCAACAAGAACGCCACGGCGCCCGUCCUCUCGCCGCCCCAGCACGGUACCUCCAACGACACGCGUCCCGUCACCGUCUCCUACCUAACGGAGCAGACGUCGCACCACCCGCCCGUGUCCGCAUUUCACAUCAGCUGCCCCGAGCGCGGCCUGAGCGCCCGCGGCUUCGAUCAGAUCACGGCCAAAUUUACCGGCACCUCGAUCAAGGUGCUACCGGGCGAGCACAACCUCGGCAUCUUCAUCACCCUCGAUCAGCGCGACGGCGAAAAGUACCAGCUUACGCACCCAGCCGCCCACCUCGGUGGCCUCCUUCGCGGUGCUCUCACCGUCUCCGUCAGCGACACGGCCUACAUCACCUGUCCCAAGACCAAGAUCAAGGCCAUCCUCAGCUACGUCGAGGAGGGCUGGCUCGGCCGCACCACCAACAAGGUCGACGGCGUUGUCUUCCGCUACGACCCCGAAAACGACGACAAAACCCGCAUCCAGGACGUGCCCGAGGAGGAUAUUCUCGCCCGACUUAGCGGACCCUGGAGAGAAAAGGUCGUCUUUACUCUUGGUUCGACACCCGUGAAGCAGGUCCCUGCCGAGCAGCAGUACACCAUCAUCGACACGGCUCCUCUACAGGUCGCUCCCAAGAUACUCCCGCCCGAAGACCAGCAGGCCCCCAACGAGUCCCUCACCCUCUGGGGCAACGUUACAAAGGCCAUCCACGCCAAGCAAUUCUCCAAGGCCACCACCAUCAAGCAAGAGCUCGAGGAGGCCCAGCGCGUCAAGGCCCGCGAGCGUGAGCGCACCGGCGCCGUCUACACCCCCGUCUACUUUACUCACGCCACUGGCAACGAGGGCCAGCCCGAGCUGACGGAUAAGGGCCGCCAGGUUCUCGAGCGUUCCCAAAAGGGCGAGUGGUCCCUUGAAGGCAUUAAUUAG